GGUGUUGUUUUGUAGCAUGUUUGAGUUAGGUUAUACUUUGACUCUCGAUAUUUAAAAAUAUCAACAGAAAGGUAACAAAAUGUCAAAGAAAAAGCACAACGUAUCAUAUAUUAAGCCAAAUGAGCCAAAAUUCUUACGCGAAUUAAAGGAAAGAGUUGGAUAUAAGGAAGGACCGACGGUUAACACAAAAAGAGAAAUAUUACCACAAGAUUCAGAUAAUGAUGAGGAAGACCGUGAUGAAGAGAAGCCUGUUGUUGUUGUAUUAAAUUCUGAACACUUAUCUGCUGAAGAGGCAGAGACAUUUAAGAAAAAAAAGGAAGAAGAGGAAGCUAAUGCUCCAGCAGAUUUAUCUAAAAGAAUUAUAUUUAGGAAGAACAAAUUAACAGAAGCAGAAUCAGAUACACUAGAUAAGCCAGUGAAGAAGAAGAUAAAGAAAGGAAAACAAGAAAAGGCUGUGUUAUCAUUUAAUGAUAACGAUGAUGACUAUCUUUAA